AAUGAUCGGGAUUGUGAUUACCUUGCCGAUGGUUUGGGACAUGGUGGGCGGACGAAGGCAGUGGCCGGGCUGUCAAUUGAGGGCUCUGUCUCCGGACCGGCAAGGUGGAAUUGCCCUCGGGGAAGUGGGCGAUCGAAUGGGCCCUAGCUGUACGCCGGGCAGCUUGAUGGUGGUAUGUCGUCGUGAAGUUGCGGAGAUGCGAUGAUGCUUGGCAUUGGUACAAUUUGAAGCGCAGGGUUGGCGGUCAUCGUCGCGGGAGAUCACGUGGCUCGGCGCGCCAGCUGCAUGCCGCGGCCAGGCGUCGCCCCAGCCCCACCUCGAGCUCAUUCGAUUUCAAAGCGAAGAGGGAUCUUACGGGAUAAGAUGUCUCCCAGGCGUGCGAUUCCUCAAUUCCAUAUUCCGCUGCUCUUAUUCUACUACGAUCCAAAGACACCAUGACGAUUCCGACUUUUGAGACCAUCUUCGCGGUGCCGAUGACGUGUGAGGAUUGCAUUAGGGAUAUCUCCGGAUCGUUGUAUAAGCUAGAUGGAAUCAAGAAUGUCAAUGCGAAUUUGAAAGAGCAGCUCGUGUCUAUAGAAGGGAAUGCUUCGCCUUCGGCGAUUGUUGAGGCGAUCCAAGCUACGGGGAGGGAUGCGAUACUGCGAGGAAGCGGGAAACCGAAUAGCGCUGCCGUCUGCAUCCUCGAGUCGCAUGCUCCCCAAGUUGAGAACAAGGUGCGCGGGCUGGUGCGCAUGGUCCAGGUAGCGCCCAACCUGACGAUACUGGACCUGAGUAUCAGAGGACUGUCUCCUGGAACCUACCACGCUACGAUACGAGAGUCAGGAGACAUAUCCCAGGGCCCCGAGUCUACGGGCGGCAUCUGGGAGGCAGUCAAGGCCAAAAAGGAGGGCUCCCCAUGUCGAGGCGUACUCGGUACGAUCCAGGUCAGCAAAGGAGGCGUCGGUUCCGUGUUCCUGGACAAGCCCAUCCAGAUCUGGGAGAUGAUCGGUCGGAGCAUUGUGGUAGCGAGGGAGCUGGAUGGGAAGCUGGACAAGAACGACGCUGACACACUGGUCGGCGUGAUUGCAAGGAGCGCGGGGGCGUGGGAGAACGACAAGACGGUGUGCAGCUGUUCCGGCAAGACGGUGUGGGAAGAGCGGGAGGAACAGAAGGGUAAAGGCAUGCUAUGACGGUGUGGCAUAAAGUUCAAAACAAAGAUGCAGUCAGCCUCAGACGUGGUAUGCCGGUACUCACCUCGCCUCACGCUGGCAUGCAAUUUCUUUGCGGUUUCCUUUUGUGAAAGAAUGCCUUGCUUUUGACUGCUUUCCCAUGGCUCCCAGCUCAGAGGCGUGCACGUCGAUCGAGGUUGAAACGACGUGUGCGUGAGUCGGACUGCAGCAGAAGUAAUGGCAGUGGCUUCGCGAAGGUAUAACUUUAUGCGUUUAU